AUGUCGCAGUCGCAGGACAACAACCAAUCUUGUGAAGUGGCAUCCCCCGCCCUUCACAAAGACGCAAUAGAGGGUGGCACAACCGUCCCCUCCACCGUACCUUUAGCUGACCGCCCAGCGUUGGCAGAGUCGAAGAACUUUCCAAAUUGCGGCCACACCAUCAGUGGUGUCCUCUACAAGGACUUUCUCGACGCCGACAGACAGGAUUGCCCAAACAGCUUCAUGCGGUUUGGCUCUUGUGGUCACGCGAUCAUGGGCCAAGCACUCCGACAGGCGCUCGUCAGCCGCACCAACGAAUGCCCAGUCUGCACACCCCCAAGCAACAGUGUGGCAUGCGACGCCCACUUGUACCAGAUAGAAGAGGAUCUCCGCGAUGUGCACACCGAGCGAUCUCGAGUGACAUUGCACCGAUACCAGGAUCCAUUGACGUUCGAUGGUGCGACAUGCGAGUUCUACAAGGGCAAAGACGGACGACCACGCCUCCGCGUCGAAAGUGAGGUAUGGAAGUCGUGGUCGCGGAGUGAGAGGGAGCGCUUCGUGUACUGCACCAAUGUCCGACUGGGUCUACCCGCGGGUGAUAGGCAUGAGGCGCCGACCAACCCGAAAAACCUGAAUCACCCGGAGCACACUCUUCUCCAACCAGCGGGCAGCAUGCGCCUCAACUCGCGCGGCAAGCCCGACCCCGAGGCAGCGGCUGCUGCCAUCCGACAACUUCUUGCCACAUCUGACAAGGACGUGGCAGCCAGUGUGGCGGCUCGCAAGUCCUGCGUGGACUCCGCCAACCAACCUGCUGGUGGAAACGGAGAUGCGAAAGACGUGGUCAGCACCCAGUCCCAGGAGCUUGUCACCGCCAACGGCGACGGAACGGAUCACGUUGGAUCGUGGGUCCUUCCAAAGACUCUUAUGGGCAUGAUCUGGGAGAUCGGAAGGAUUUUUCACAAGACGGAUAGCACCUGA